CUUGCAACUGCAUGCGCUUGUGGAUCGGAAAGGAAGUCUCGGGAUUUGAGGGUCUGAACAGUACCCUGUGGUUUCAUUCUAGGAGACGGAGUAGUUUACGUUUGAUACGAACGAUUCGUCUGAUCGUAGAAUGCAGGAGUCUGAAAAGGGCGAGGCAGCGCUGUCCGUCUUCGACGAGCUGCGGGCGGUGGCGCGUCGCGUGGACCACGAGAUGGCAACCCUGCGCCGCGGCCGGCGCGACCUGGUGGCGUUCGUGCAGCAUGACGCGGAGCCGACGGUGCUAGCCAUGCGCGCUGAGAUCGACGAGCUGCGCCGGCGCGCCGAGGCGGCCCUCAAUACGGAGCAGGCGGACGGCACCGCCCUGCACGGCCUCGUCUCGGCCGCCACUGCCUUCACCGAAGAGCGGCGCGGCGAUCUCGACGCAAUGACGGCCUAUCUGGCGCAGUACGGGUAUGAGCCGCCGCCGCCGCCUCCGCCGCCGGAGGAGGAGGCGCCGGAGCCGGAGAAACCUGAGGAGGCGGCGGAGCGGGAGGGGCCGAAGGAGCCGGGCGGGAGCGUGGCGCGGCCGCCGCCGAUGCUCACGCUCGACACGCCCGAGGACGUCCAGCUGAGUGAGAUGACCGUGCAGAUGCUGCGCGGCACAGUCGGCCAGCUGGGCGCCACCGAGGACGACACGGGUGACGCCACGGCGCUGCUCAACUUCGGUCGGAUCGCGCUUCCGCCCCUGGCGGGGUCGGAGCCGCCCGCCGAGCCGACGCGCAAGAGGGUCCCGUGGGGAGCGAGCGGUACCCUCGAGUCGCCCAAGCUGUCCGAGACCACCCGCGCCAUGCUGCACAUGGGCCGGGCCAAGCCGGCCACGCCCUCCCCUGAGCUGUCGUGUUACUCGCGUGACCUGCUGACGCGCGACAUGGCCCCGUGGGGUGACGCGAGCUCCACGCUCCAGUCGCCGGAGCUCUCCGAAGCCACCCGCGCCAUGCUGGCACGCAGGUGCGGCAACUACUGA